UGUUGCAUGUUUCAGGCAUGGAGCAGUUCGAGCAACUGCUAACGUGCGCGAUAUGCCUGGACCGAUACAGGAACCCGAAGCUUUUGCCAUGCCAGCACAGCUUUUGCAUGGAACCCUGCAUGGAUGGCCUCGUUGACUACGUGCGGCGACAGGUCAAGUGUCCGGAAUGCAGGGCGGAACAUCGUAUACCUUACCAAGGCGUCCAGGCGUUCCCGACCAACGUGACCCUGCAGCGAUUCCUGGAAUUGCACAUCGAGAUCACCGGCGAGCUGCCGGACCCGACCAGCGGCCAGACGAUGGAACGGUGCGGCGUUUGCUCCGAGAAAAGCUACUGCUCCCUCUGUGUCCACUGUGAGAAAAAGUGUUGCCCGGAGUGCAAGGACGCUCACAUGGACAUCCUCAGGCGUGAAAUUACGCGCAUCAAUUCCCAGAUACGCAGAGGGCUGCACAGGCUGCAGGACGCGUUGGCGCUGGUGGAGAAGAACACGCUGGGUCUGCAAACAAACUGCGCCUCGGUCGCGGAAGAGGUGGACGAGAUUUAUCGGAGGCUGAGCAAGGCUUUGAAAGACCGUACGGAACAUCUGCGUAACGAGGUCGAUCGAUACCUGAGCACCGAGCUCAGAGGCCUGAUUCAGCUCAAAGAGAAUCUCGAAUUGGAGAUCGCGAACAUCCAGAGCAACUGCGAUCUGGCCGAGGCUCACAUCAACGAGAACGUGCCCUGGGACGAUUCCGAACUUCUCGACACAAAGGAAUUGUUCCUCCGCACCGUGGAAUUCAUCAGGAACUUCGAGUACGAGGCCGGGGAUUACAGUCGUCGGGUGCGUUUCGUGAUGGCGCACGACCCUAACCAGCUGGUCCUCCACGUGGCGGGUUACGGCGAGCUGAAUAUUAAGCCGGAGACCGGAAGCGGAGGAUUGCUGGGCAGCUCGAGCGGCCUGGUGCCACCUGGAGGAUCGCCGGGACUCAUGAGGAGCAAGAGCGACCAUCGUCUGGCCUCGCAGUACAGGCAGCAAGAGGAGGAACGGCUGGCGAGAAAUCGAUACGUGCCCGAAUACGAUUAUCACAUCCACAGCUACGACGCGCCGGAGUACGAGGUCCCGCGGAACAAGUCGAGGUACCGGAGCCGUUUCAUGCGGCACCGCGACGGCGACGACUCCGACGGCGACACGAGGUCCACCGUCAGGUUCACGUCGACGCCGCAGGAGUCUUCGGGGAUGCGGGAGCGGGUCCUGGACACCGAGGACGCGGCCCGCGGCCCUUUGUCCGGCAUAUUCCGGCUGACCGACUCGCCCAGGGUCAUGAGGAAGCUGCAGGAGUACGAGAGGGCCGGCAAGAGGAAGAAAGAAGAGCCCGCGCCGCAUCCCGUGCAACAGACCCAGCCGAAGCCUCAGGUACAGGUCAGAAAGGUACCGACCGCGAUGGCGAGGCAGACCAGCGAGGACGACGAAAUUUCCAGGAUCAAAAAGCAGAACAAAACAGCGACCGCGCCCACCACCGAGACCGUCGAGGAACGAUCGCCUGCGACGACACCUGCACUGGCCCAUCCACCCCCGAGGGAACCGCCCACGGAAAGGGAACCGGAGGAACCUGCCCGAAGACCGAUGACUGCCAGGCGAACUUCGACGGAUACCCACACUCCGGCGGCGAGGAGCGCUUCAUCAGACUCGAGCACGGGCUCCGAGAGCUCCGGCGGAUCAGGAAUCCGCAGCACGGGUGCGCCAUUCACCGCCGAGGAAAUGAAGCAGAAAUACUUGUCGAGGGCGCCGGCGUCGAACACGACGACCGCGGCCCCGCAAGGACAAGUCGGAUCGACGCCCUCCAAGGAUCCCGGGACCGCUUCGCCCGCGUCACGAUCCUUCCAGAGCCGUUUUUUAGGCACAGGUAACCGUGCACCACCGCCGCCGCCCACGCAGACGCCACCGACGCGGGAGGAGACCACGAACAAGAAGAAGGAGGACGAGGAGGACGAGGACGAGGAGACGAGCAGCUCGUCGGAGGAGACGGAAUCCGAGACCGAGGAGGAAUCGGAGAACGACGCUCACCCGACGACCAACGCGUCCUCGACGACGACGACGACGGCACAGGACCGUCAGAGGAACGAGCAAGCCAUGGCGCGGACGGACAUCGGUCCGCUGCUCGCGAGGAGCGCCGAGGCGAGACGAGGCAGCAAGGAGGACUCGCCUUCGACCAGGUAUUCGUCGCCGAGAGGGAGUCCCGCGCAUUCGGUGAACACGAGCCCGACGACGACCACGGCUACGUCGACGUCUACGACGAGCGGAACGGGCGGCGGCGGCGGCGGUGGCGGCGGCGUCGCGACGCUGGCCACGACGCCGGCCGGCUACACCAGCAGGUUCCUGAACAAGAGCAGGAGCCAGGCAGCGAUGAUGGCGCGGGAACGGGAGCGGGAACGGGAACGGGAACGCGAGCGGGAACGGGAGCGGGAACGGGAACGGGAACGGGACCGGGACCGGGAACGGGAAAGGGAACGAGAACGCGAAAGAGAAAGAGAACGCGAGAGAGAACGAGAACGCGAACGAGACGCGGACACCGAGGUCGAGUCGCCUCUGUCGGCGAGGUCGCGGUACGCCGCGUUGAAGGAAAGAAGGCAACGGCUGGCGAGGUCACGAAGCUCGCACAACUUCGGCGGCGAUGACCUCGACCUCGACGAGGAGCCACCCUCUCCGACGACCCAGUCGCCGAACGCCUAUCUGGCGGCCAAGUACGGAGCCGGCUCUGAACUGGCCAGGAGCCGGAGCACCCAUGCCCUCAAGUCCAGAGAGCCGAGCCCGGAACGCGACCGGCCCGGCACCGAGAAGGACGGAGCAGCCCUCAGCUCGUGGGCCAGGUACCUCAAGAAUAAGUACGGCAAUCGCACCAUCAAGGACAAGGAGCCUUCGUCUUCUACCUCGGCGAUACCAUCAUCCAGUACCAGCGCAGCCUCGAGAAGGUUGUCUCUCGGGCUGCCUCUGAGGCACGCUGGCCAAACAUCCUUCGAAUCCUCCGAUGACGACCAAAAAAACCCGUCAGGCUCCCCCACGUCCCCUACAGCAGCUCCCGUUAUACCCGCGGCAGCAGGUUCCUCCACUAGCAAUGGCCGGAGGAGUCACUACCUGCUGAAGCGGCGGCAGCUGUUCAAAUUCGGGAUGCGGGGGAGCGAAGCCGGAUGCUUUACCUGGCCGAGAGGCCUCGCAGUUGGCCCGGACAACUCCAUCGUGGUGGCCGACAGCUCCAACCAUCGUGUUCAAGUAUUUGACUGCAAUGGGAACUUCAUGAAGGAGUUCGGAACUUACGGAAGCGGCGAGGGCGAAUUCGACUGCCUCGCCGGUGUGGCCGUGAACAGGAUCGGGCAGUACAUCAUCGCGGAUCGUUACAAUCACAGAAUACAGGUGCUCGAUCCCUCCGGCCGAUUUCUGAGGGCCUUUGGCUCGCAAGGAACCGCGGACGGCCGGUUCAACUAUCCUUGGGGCAUCACCACUGACGCUCUUGGAUUCAUCUAUGUCUGCGAUAAAGAGAACCAUCGCGUACAGGUCUUUCAAUCGGACGGCACGUUCGUGGGUAAAUUCGGUUCCUGCGGAAGCGGACGUGGCCAAUUGGAACAUCCCCACUACAUCGCGGUGAGCAACACGAACCGCGUGAUCGUGAGCGACGGUAACAACCACCGGGUGCAGAUCUUCGACGUUAACGGCCGCGUGCUGACCUCCUUCGGAUCCGAGGGCUCCGACGAGGGUCAGUUCAAGUUCCCAAGGGGCGUCGCUGUCGACGACCAGGGCUACAUCGUCGUCGCCGACUCCGGCAACAACAGGAUACAGAUAUUCAGCCCAGAGGGCGCGUUCCUCAAGUCCUUCGGCGGCUGGGGUAGCGGUGACGGCGAAUUCAAGGGCCUAGAGGGUGUCGCUGUCACGUCGACCGGUAACAUCGUCGUCUGCGACCGCGAGAACCACCGCGUCCAAGUGUUCUAAUUUACUUUCUGUUUCUCUCCUCCUAUUUCUCCCCUCUCUCUCUCUUUCUCUCCCUCACUCUCUCUCUCUUUCUCUCUCUCUCUCUCUCACUCUCUGCUCCCCUGUUGCCCUCACUUUCCCUCUCUUCAUUCACUCUCUCCCUUUCAAAUCCUCGACCAGGGACAUCGAGCGUUUUCAAGGGGGGCUUUUUCGAAAUAUCGAUACGCAACACUAUGGGGGUUCUAACUUCUCGACACCGUGUCCGGUAGAACAAGCAACGCUAUGGUCCGUACAUUGAUCAGAGGGAUCUCCGAGCCGACGAACGUUGCGUGGCAUAGAAAAAUUUGUAAACGUAUAGCACACAGUUCGACGAUAUGGGGUUCACGUUAAAGGGGGGUGAGAUUUCUUCUUCGCGUUAACUUGCUUGCUUUCGUUAGGUCUUAACAUAGUUGUUUGUGUUCAGCUAAUACACUCGCGGGGAAGCCCUUUGGUACAGACCAUCGAAGCUUUUCUUUCUUUCUUUCUUUCUUAUUAUUUCCGUUCUAUGCGACUACUUCGUCCUCAUUUCGGUGGGUGGGGUGAACGAAAAAAACAAACGGAAAGACUAUUUCCGGUCCACGGACCCGCUAACGGGAUUCCGCUCGAUUGUCUAUUCCACUUGCCUCGCGGCCCAUCUAAAUGCUAAUACCCAUCGAACAGAGUUAUUCGACGCGAAUCGAUCAUGAAAACUUCGGUACCGAACGAAAAAACAAAAGGAUCCACACGGCUAUCUUGUAUUCCCCUGCCCGUCUUGCCCCCUCUCUGCUGUCUUCUUCUUCUUCUUCUUCUCACCUUUGUUCUGUUCGCCAGCCUUCUACGCACAUGAUAUCCGCGUAAUUUAAUUUAAUUUAUACUCAAAGUGACAACAAAAUACAGUUUGUACCGUUUGUAUGCUUUAAAUAAAUUGUUGCGGAAGUAUUAAAAAAACGAGA